CUGCGAAUGCCAAUUACCGCGUCUCUUUGUAAAUUACAAUAAAAAUAAAGAUUGCAACAAAUUUAAUCAGCGUCGUGUGUCCGUGUUUGUGCUUCUACCUGUGUGUGCGUGCCCGCGAGCACUGAUAACAGAUAGAUUCCCGAGUAAAUAAACAAAACAAAGUUUUACCUUGCGACUUGCGUCGCAUUCUAAGCCACUGGCUGCAUCAGCAGCAGCAACUGGAUCACCAACAAGACAGCGGCAGCAGCGAGAGCGAGCAAGUCAGUGUGCAGCGGGACAGGGAACGAACUAGAUAUAAAGCGAGCGAGCGGGACAUCCACAGCGCCACAAGAUGAUGAUGGAGAACGGACUCUCCAUGGAGUACGGAGAUGGCUACAUGGAGCAGGAGGAGGAGUGGGAGCGCGAGGGCCUGCUCGAUCCUGCGUGGGAGAAGCAACAGAAGAAGACAUUCACCGCCUGGUGUAACAGUCAUCUGCGCAAAGCCGGUACCGCCAUCGACAACAUCGAGGAGGACUUCCGCAAUGGCCUCAAGCUGAUGCUGCUGCUGGAGGUGAUCUCCGGCGAGACGCUGCCCAAGCCCGACCGCGGCAAGAUGCGCUUCCACAAGAUCGCCAACGUGAACAAGGCGCUCGACUUCAUCGCCUCCAAGGGCGUCCACCUGGUGUCCAUCGGCGCCGAGGAGAUCGUGGACGGCAACCUGAAGAUGACCCUGGGCAUGAUCUGGACGAUCAUCCUGCGCUUCGCCAUACAGGACAUCUCCGUGGAGGAGAUGACCGCCAAGGAGGGCCUGCUGCUGUGGUGCCAGCGCAAGACGGCGCCGUACAAGAACGUCAACGUACAGAACUUCCACCUGUCGUUCAAGGAUGGUCUGGCAUUCUGCGCCCUCAUCCAUCGCCAUCGUCCAGAUCUGAUCGACUACGCCAAGCUGUCCAAAGACAAUCCUUUGGAGAAUCUCAACACUGCCUUUGAUGUGGCCGAGAAGUAUUUGGAUAUUCCGCGCAUGUUGGAUCCAGACGAUUUGAUCAACACUCCGAAACCGGAUGAACGUGCCAUCAUGACGUACGUCUCCUGCUACUACCACGCCUUCCAGGGAGCCCAACAGGUUGGAAAUGUGACGCAUGUACCCGAACCCACAAGACAAUACACCUACGUCCCGAAUAAUUACAAUGCUGAAACCGCUGCCAACCGCAUCUGCAAGGUUCUCAAGGUGAACCAGGAGAACGAGCGCCUCAUGGAGGAGUACGAGCGUCUGGCCAGUGAUCUGCUGGAGUGGAUCCGCCGCACCAUGCCGUGGCUGAACUCGCGCCAGGCGGACAACUCGCUGGCGGGCGUGCAGAAGAAGCUGGAGGAGUACCGCACCUACCGGCGCAAGCACAAGCCGCCGCGCGUGGAGCAGAAGGCCAAGCUGGAGACGAACUUCAACACGCUGCAGACCAAGCUGCGCCUGUCCAACCGGCCCGCCUACCUGCCCACCGAGGGCAAGACCGUCUCGGACAUCUCGAACUCGUGGAAGGGCCUGGAGCUGGCCGAGAAGGCCUUCGAGGAGUGGCUGCUGGCCGAGACCAUGCGCCUGGAGCGCCUCGAGCAUCUGGCCCAGAAGUUCAAGCACAAGGCCGAUGCCCACGAGGACUGGACGCGCGGCAAGGAGGAGAUGCUGCAGUCGCAGGACUUCCGCCAGUGCAAGCUCAACGAGCUGAAGGCCCUGAAGAAGAAGCACGAAGCCUUUGAGUCUGACCUGGCCGCCCACCAGGACCGCGUCGAGCAGAUCGCCGCCAUCGCCCAGGAGCUGAACACCCUGGAGUACCAUGACUGCGUGUCGGUGAACGCCAGGUGCCAGCGCAUCUGCGACCAGUGGGACCGCCUGGGCGCCCUCACCCAGCGCAGGCGCACCGCCCUGGACGAGGCCGAGCGCAUCCUGGAGAAGAUCGACAUCUUGCAUUUGGAGUUCGCGAAGCGGGCGGCGCCGUUCAACAACUGGCUGGACGGGACGCGCGAGGACCUGGUGGACAUGUUCAUCGUGCACACCAUGGAGGAGAUCCAGGGCCUGAUCCAGGCGCACGACCAGUUCAAGGCGACGCUGGGCGAGGCAGACAAGGAGUUCAACCUGAUCGUGAACCUGGUGCGCGAGGUGGAGUCGAUCGUGAAGCAGCACCAGAUCCCCGGCGGCCUGGAGAACCCCUACACCACGCUGACCGCCAGCGACAUGACCCGCAAGUGGAGCGACGUGCGCCAGCUGGUGCCCCAGCGCGACCAGACGCUGGCCAACGAGCUGCGCAAGCAGCAGAACAACGAGAUGCUGCGCCGGCAGUUCGCCGAGAAGGCCAAUAUCGUCGGUCCGUGGAUCGAGCGGCAGAUGGACGCGGUGACGGCCAUCGGCAUGGGCCUGCAGGGCUCGCUGGAGGACCAGCUGCACCGGCUGAAGGAGUACGAGCAGGCCGUCUACGCCUACAAGCCGAACAUCGAGGAGCUGGAGAAGAUCCACCAGGCGGUGCAGGAGUCGAUGAUCUUCGAGAACCGCUACACCAACUACACGAUGGAGACGCUGCGCGUCGGCUGGGAGCAGCUGCUCACCUCGAUCAACCGCAACAUCAACGAGGUGGAGAACCAGAUCCUCACCCGCGACUCCAAGGGCAUCAGCCAGGAGCAGCUGAACGAGUUCCGCAGCAGCUUCAACCACUUCGACAAGAACCGCACCGGCCGCCUCUCGCCCGAGGAGUUCAAGUCGUGCCUCGUCUCGCUGGGCUACUCGAUCGGCAAGGACCGGCAGGGCGACCUGGACUUCCAGCGCAUCCUCGCCGUCGUCGACCCCAACAACACUGGCUACGUGCACUUUGACGCCUUCCUCGACUUCAUGACCCGCGAGAGCACCGAUACCGACACUGCCGAGCAAGUCAUCGACUCCUUCCGAAUCCUGGCAGCCGACAAGCCAUACAUUUUGCCCGACGAACUGCGCCGCGAGUUGCCGCCAGACCAGGCCGAAUACUGCAUCCAGCGCAUGCCGCCCUACAAGGGACCCAACGGAGUGCCCGGUGCCCUGGACUACAUGUCCUUCAGCACAGCUCUCUACGGCGAGACCGACUUGUAAGAGGAGCGCCCGGGCAGUGCACACUCCGCGUCGAUUCGAGCAGAGCCAGAUCAUAUAAUAAUGAUAAACUUUAAUAUAACAAUAUUAAUAAACAUAGAUUUAUUAUACCUACACUCGUAACGGUAGCUGCAGAAGAACUUCAGAGCAUCAUGUGAAGAUGAAUAUACAUAUUCUAUUCUAUUUAUUAAUUUCCGUCUCGAGCCGAUGUAUGCGGACCAUGCAUACAAAAUAAACAACAAAUGGAAAACAACAAAUUAUGAACACACAUACAUUAUACACAUUUGUAAAACAGCAAGCAAAGCAACCAUCAAGUGCAUAUCGAAUAUUUAAAUCUAAUUCUAAAACCAAGUCCAAAACAAAAACAUCAACAAAACGCUAAACAUUAUUUUUUGAAAUUUAUGUUAAUAAAAACAAAAUCCAUACAUAAAACAGCCAAUAACGAAUGAAAUCGACAGAUCUGAGGAAGGUACUACUUUCUUCGAAGCUAAGAAGCGAAAAGAGACAAGCAGGCAGAGGGAGGGAGAUAGCAGUAGAAGCUGGGGCCACUCAACUACUUCCGUUUCCGCUUGCGAACCUAGAGUUUCACCACCUGAACAGAGAUGGCGAUACACCGAGAGAGGGACAGAGAGAGAGAGAGAGAGACCACUAGAUGACUAAGGAUCCUGUUACAAAUAUGCUCACACAGUUACUGUAGCUAUUUAUUCAUCAACAAUUUCAAAGCUCUAGUUUCCGCUUUCCUCGGAUAUGUUCACAUUUUCACAGACACAAAACUCCGAUAAAGAAAGAUGAAUAAAUUGAUUUCUUGGUG